UCCUCAGCCAUAAAAUCGGGAACCGCUCCAACUCAUUUCAAAACCUGCCCUAGACCCUCUCCAAUGGCAGCGGCCAGUUCGAGCCCUUCUCCUCCAGCCACUCGUACUUCUGCAUCGCCGAAUAAGGAUGAUCUACGCCCUAUGGGAUUAAAGAUAGCGGAACUGAAUGAAUCGCAGUCAGAGUUGCUGAGUAAGCUGCAAGGUUUGAAACAGGAUUUGCAAGACUGGAAAUCCAAAUUGGACACUCAAGUUAAGACAUAUAAGGAAGAACUGAUCGAGCUUAAGAAGGUGCUAAAUACUGAUCUGGAUGAACUGAAAUCAAACUUCCAAGAACUGAAGACCACUCUACAGCAGCAACAAGAUGACAUCUCUGUUAGCUUAAGAAACUUGGGGCUUGAGGAUAUUUCUGAAUCUUCCAAGGAAUCAGAAUCUGAAGAUACCGCGAAUGUUUCUGGUAAAACUGGGCCUUCUUUUUCAUAAAUUGCAAGGGAAACCAGUUCACAGGACUCUUCUGCAUAGGUAGCACGAGGAUGGGUUACAUCAACAUUGAUAAUAAUGAUCCUUAAUUACUAUUUCAGAGUUGGUAUGUUAUACUGCCAUUCUACUAUUUUAGUUUUUCUUUGUAGCACAUUGGAAGUAAUAACUCUUCUCCUGCAAGCUUUUUAACAUUACAAAUUCAUAUGCCUUGAAAGCUUCAAAUCUAUUGUGUCAUAUUU